AUGCGUUACAUCCAGCUAUCUCGGGCUGCUGCUGGUCUACGUCGUCGCAGCACUUGUGCCUCGCUCCGUCUACGCCCCGCAACGUCGUUCCUACUGCGUAGCUUCAGUACCGCCGUGUCUGACGUCGAUGUCCCGCCUUUUGUACCCGGGUUUCCCGUACCAGCUGGCUACAUGCAUAACCUGCGCAACAUUGGUAUUUCAGCCCACAUUGACUCGGGCAAGACGACGCUGACGGAGCGCAUUCUCUUCUAUACGGGCCGCAUUAGUGCUAUCCAUGACGUCCGCGGCAAAGACGGCGUGGGGGCCAAGAUGGACUCGAUGGAACUCGAGCGUGAAAAGGGCAUUACGAUCCAAUCAGCAGCUACGUACUGCUCGUGGAAAGACUCAAAUAUCAACAUUAUUGACACGCCUGGACACGUGGAUUUUACGAUUGAAGUGGAGCGUGCACUGCGUGUGCUGGACGGUGGCGUGCUCGUGCUCUGCGGCGUCUCGGGUGUCCAGAGUCAGUCGUUGACAGUGGAUAAGCAGAUGAAGCGCUACGGUGUUCCUCGUAUUGCAUUUAUAAAUAAACUUGACCGCAUGGGGGCGAACCCGUGGAAGGUGAUUCAGGAUCUUCGGAGUCAGCUCAAGCUGAACGCGUGGGCGCUGCAAGUGCCAAUUGGGACUGAGAAUGAUCUGGAAGGAGUGGUUGAUCUGCUCAGCAUGAAAGCACUGCGCAACAAGGGCGAGAGCGGGGAGGUCAUUGAGGACUCGGAUGACAUUCCUGCGGACACUCGUGCACUUGCCGAGGCAAAACGUGCGGAACUUGUUGAAGCACUUGCUAAUGUGGAUGAUGACAUUGCGGAGCUGUUCCUUAUGGAAGAAGAGCCAAGCGUUGAACAAUUGAAGGAUGCUAUCCGUCGUGCGACGAUUGCACACAAGUUUGUGCCGGUCAUGAUGGGCUCAGCUUUUAAGAACCGUGGCGUGCAGCCCAUGCUCGAUGGUGUCGUAUCGUACUUGCCAAGUCCACCAGAGGUCCAGAACUUUGCUCUGGAUCAGUCAAACAACGAGGCUCGAGUGAGCGUGCCGUGCUCCCCAGACGCACCUCUGCUGGCUCUGGCGUUUAAGCUUGAAGAGGGUAAGUUUGGUCAGCUUACGUACAUGCGCGUGUACUCUGGUACACUUAAACGUGGUGGCUUCAUUUACAACAUGAGUGAUAUGAAGCGCAUCAAGGUGCCUCGCCUGGUAAAGAUGCACUCAAAUGAGAUGCAAGAUGUGGAGGAAGUUGGCGCAGGUGGAGUUGUUGCAAUGUUUGGUGUCGAAUGUGCCAGUAUGGAUACGUUCAGCGACACGAACCAGGGCAAGUUCACAUUGACGAGUCUGCACGUACCCGAGCCGGUGAUGUCUCUUGCCGUCACGCCCAAGAAUAAGCAGCAGAUAGGCAACUUCUCCAAGGCGCUCAACCGUUUUCAGAAAGAAGACCCUACUUUUCGUGUAUGUGUCGAUGAUGACAGCAAGGAGACGAUCAUCAGCGGUAUGGGUGAGCUUCACUUGCAGAUCUACGUUGAGCGUAUGAAGCGUGAGUACAGCGUGGACGUGGAGACUGGCGCGCCUCAAGUGAACUACCGCGAGACGAUUCGUGAGCGCAGUGAGUUUAACUAUCUUCAUAAGAAGCAAACUGGUGGAUCCGGUCAAUAUGCGCGCGUGGUAGGAUACAUCGAGCCGCUAACGGACGAAGAGGUUGAAGAGCUCAGUAAUGGGGGAAACAGCUCGGGCGUCAUCUUUGAGAACGCAAUUAUUGGCAAUGCUAUUCCACCCGAGUAUAUUGCAGCUUGCGCGAAAGGUGUGGAUGAUGCAGUUCAGAAAGGGUGGCUCAUUGGCCACCCAGUGCAACGCAUGCGUGUGGUGGUAAAUGACGGCCAGUCACACUCGGUCGAUUCCAGCGAGCUUGCUUUCCGUACAGCUAUGGUGCUGGCUGUUCGCCAGGCGUUUAUGAAGGCUAACCCGUGCAUUCUGGAGCCCGUAAUGGCUGUGGAGGUGGAAGUGCCCAAUGAGUUCCAGGGUACGGCUAUUGCCGAAGUGAACCGUCGUCGUGGUCUCAUCAACAGCAGCGAUGCCGAUGACGUGCAUACGGUUGUCAAGUGCGAUGUACCGCUGCAGAACAUGUUUGGUUUCUCGACGGAUCUGCGAUCGUCUACUCAGGGCAAGGGCGAGUUUACGAUGGAGUACAAGACGCAUGGCGUUGUCAUGCGUGACAUGCAAGAGAAGCUGGUGAGCGAGCACGAGAAGGCGCAAGCGGCCAAAAACAAGUAG